UGCGAUGGGGGGCGGGCGGCUGGCCGAGCGGAGAGGAUCGGAGCCGCCACCUGAUCCCAUCCAGGCGCGGAGAGGCGAGCGAACCCGCACUCGGCGCUCAGAGCCCCCGGCGCCCUCCGAUCCGCAUUGGAUUUCGGGACAAGGGUUGGGAGAUAGCGGCGACCACCCCCCCACUCAGGUCGGAGGCAGAGCCCUUGGCACUAUUUAUUUGACAGAGAGUGAGCAAGCACAAGCACGGGGAGCCGGAGAAGGGGAAGUAGGUUCCCCACUGAGCAGGGAGCCCAAUGCCAGGCGCCGUCCCAGGACCCCAGGAUCAUGACCUGAGCCGAAGGCAGACACCAACUGAGCCACCCAGGUGCCCCCAGGAAACUCCCAUCUUGUCACCAAAUCCUCUAGGCAGGGUAAGUGGCAGAGGCCACAGACUCUGACUUCCUCUUGUAGGCUUCCUCACUGAGGCAGAGCCAGCCCUUCUCUGCCCCUAGCAAUCCCUGAAAAGACCACAGGGCCUUAGACUUUCUCUGUUGUGCCCUUGGAUGGCCCUGUGUGGCUGAACCCUUCACCUCCCUCAGCCCCAGGCAGAUUAAGUCUGUCUGCAGGUUGGUGGAGGAAACCAGGUGAUAGGGCCUGGAGAGAAAGGAAAGGCAUAACCGGGACAUCUUUCCACCCAAACAGGUUUAAAUGUAAUCCAGGAUUAAUGAGGAGCAGGGGAGGUAGUGGUUAAGAAAAGGGACUGAAAACUAAGCUCCAGGCCCCUGGGGAAAGUGAUGGUCAAAAGUUUUUACAUUACCUCAUCCCUCCUGGGACCCAGGUGUCCUAGUUCCAUAUACGUGCAAAUGCCCAUAGGGUUCCAGGCUCCCUCUCCCCAUUCAAGAGGUGUGUGUGUGUGAGAGGCUGAAGCUGAACCUAGACCUGAGACUGAGGGCCCUGAGACAGAGACGCUACCCUAAUGGGGAGGAAGGCAUUGCUGCUGAAGCUGACUUUCCGCUAGCAUUGCCAAAGGCUGCCCUUGAGCCAAGGUAUUCAUGCAGGGACAGGUGACUGGCUGGAAACCAGACCCUUCUUCUGCCUCUCACUCCUGCCACUCACCUGAGAUGGAGACCCACCUUCUCCUGGAAAAUCUCAGCAGGACAAUAAGGAGAAGCCCCUCCGUAUUCCCCACACUGCCACCCCUCUCCUAGGCUGCCAUGUCACGGCCUUGGCCGGGCACCUCUCACUGCAGAGGCAGCUGAUGAGGCAGCCAGGGUUUCAGGUGUCUGGGGAUGGAAUCCAGAUAGGGUUCUGGGAUUUCAAGUCCUUCCUUUCUUUCCCACAUGGAUUUAUUGGUCUUGGGCCUUCGGGGCAGGAGCUCAGCUAGGAAGGCCGAAGCCCAUGCUUCGGGCUCAGAAGCAUGCAGAACUGCCAGAAUCCACAGCAGGGACGGGGAAAUCAGUUUUCUGUGGAAGCAGCACAUAUAACGUCUAGGGGGACUAGUUUGAAACCAGAAAGAACAGGUCUGAAUCCUGAUCCUGCCAACAGCUGUGUGCCUAUGGGACACAUAGCACCAACACUUACAGCCUCAGUUUCCUGGUCUGUAACAUGGGGAAUAACAUCUGUGUUACAAGUGUGGUGGGGAUUACAUGGAAUUAAGUAUGUAAGAGUACAGUACAUGUAGUAAACCUGCAGUAUUGAUCCAUUGCCCACGUCAAGAGACCCAAGAAGCUAUAGGUCUGCUCAGUAGUUUCAUAUGAGCUCAGUCUCUGGGGAGUCAAGACCAACUCUUGGCUGAAGCAGUCAGGCAAGGAGUCCUGAAGGAGAGAAACCUUGAAUUGAGACUUUUGUGCUUUAAGCCAAGCCCUGGUGCUAAGGUAAGUCUACUGGGGAGACAGAUACAAAUGACCACAAGACAAAGAUGAAUUCGGGCCAGGCAGAGAAGCCGAGACAGGGCUCAAGGGAGGAGUGGCUACAGCUUGAAGAGCUGGCCACACCCCAGAGCCUGUAAUUCCACCCAAGACUAAGUUAUCUGGAGCAGUGUGGAGAUAGAGUCUUGGUAAUGGGAGGUAGGAAUCUGAUCUUCUCUGGCUUCUCUGCUCAUUCCACCCUUUGGAGCUCUCCUUUGCAGCAGUCCUGCUGGGGCCCACAGCCCAUUUCCUCUACCUGCUGAAAACCUGUUUGCCUCCUUCUUCUACUAGGCCUCUCAGGAAUACUGGCCCUGCUACCAGAGCCCCAGGAGCCCCCAUGAGUGCCAGCGAAGGGAGUCCUGGAUAGCAAGGCCCCGGCUGGUCCAGGGCUGGGUACCCCAUCAUGCCACCCAUCCUUCAGCACCUGCAGCAGGCCACCAAGAUGAUGAGCCGCAGGAAAAUCCUGCUGUUGGUGCUAGGAUGUGGCACCUUAAGCCUCCUCAUCCACCAGGGGGCGCAGCUCAGCUGGUAAGGGGGCUGGGCCUCGGUGUGGGGGCGGGCCCCAGGCGAGUUACAUUCUUGCCUGGUUGGCAGAACUGGAGCUCUCCUUCCCAUCCCUUUUAUCUGCCAGAAAAGUGUGUCUUCCGCUGGGCUUUGCCCCUUCCGUCUGUUCUAAAAGUGCUUUCUAUACAUUCUCCUUAGAGCCACACAACCUCCCAGAGCAGGGACUGGUCUUCAUUGAAAGGUUGCUUGAAGUCAUAGAGUUAGUCAGUGACUAACCUGGGAUUCUAAUCCAGUCCAAGUCCUUCCCACAACAUCAUGUUCUGAGUGUCUCCCCAAAGGACUGCAAACAACUUCUCAUUACUUCUGCUGUGCUGGGCAAAUCCCCUCACUUCUCCGAGCCUGUUUCCUCAUCUAUAAAAUGGGAAUGAUGGUACCCCAAGCUGUUUCCUCUGAGCUGUCCACCUCUGCGGGGCUCACCGCCCCGCCCCAAGCACAUGACUGUGGCCUUCCUGAAGACGCAUAAGACUGCGGGCACCACCGUGCAGAACAUACUGUUCCGCUUCGCUGAGCGGCACAACCUGACGGUGGCUCUGCCGCACCCGAGCUGCGAGCACCAGUUCUGCUACCCACGCAACUUCUCGGCGCACUUCGUGCACCCCGCCACGCGGCCGCCGCACGUGCUAGCCAGCCACCUGCGCUUCGACCGCGCGGAGCUCGAGCGCCUCAUGCCACCCGGCACCAUCUACGUCACCAUCCUGCGCGAGCCGGCCGCCAUGUUCGAGUCGCUCUUCAGCUACUACAACCAGUACUGUCCAGCCUUCCGGCGCGUGCCCAACGCGUCGCUCGAGGCCUUCCUGCGCGCGCCCGAGGCCUACUACCGCGCGGGCGAGCACUUCGCCAUGUUCGCGCACAACACGCUGGCCUACGACCUGGGCGGCGACAACGAGCGCAGCCCGCGCGACGACGCCGCCUACCUGGCGGGCCUCAUCCGCCAGGUGGAGGAGGUCUUCUCGCUCGUCAUGAUCGCCGAGUACUUCGACGAGUCGCUGGUGCUGCUGCGGCGCCUGCUGGCCUGGGACCUGGACGACGUGCUCUACGCCAAGCUCAACGCGCGCGCCGCAAGCUCGCGCCUCGCCGCCAUUCCCGCGGCGCUUGCACGGGCUGCGCGCGCCUGGAACGCGCUCGACGCGGGCCUGUAUGACCACUUCAACGCCACGUUUUGGCGCCGCGUGGCGAGCGCUGGCCGGGCGUGCGUGGAGCGCGAGGCGCGUGAGCUGCGCGAGGCCCGCGAGCGCCUACUGCGGCGCUGCUUCGGCGACGAGCCUGUGCUGCGGCCCGCCGCUCAGAUCCGCACCAAGCAGCUGCAGCCAUGGCAGCCCAGCCGCAAGGUGGACAUCAUGGGCUAUGACCUGCCCAACGGCGGCGCGGGCCCAGCCACCGAGGCCUGCCUCAAGCUGGCCAUGCCCGAGGUGCAGUACUCGAGCUACCUGCUGCGCAAGCAAAAGCGCAGGGGCGGCGUUCGCGCCCGGCCCGAACCAGUCUUGGACAAUCCUCCGCCCCGGCCCAUCCGGGCACUGCCCCGCAGCCCCCAGGGCCACUGAGCUCUGAAGAGUCUGGGUCCUACCCUGCCCGCCGGGAGUCCUGCCUAGGACUGCCCCCAGCUCCCCCCUCGUCAGGCCCCCUUCUGCUCAGUCCUUGGGGCCCCGUCUCCCAAUCUGAGCCUGCCUCCCUAGGGUGAGUUGAACCCCACUUCCGUGGAGGGUGCUGAUAGGCCCGAUUGAGCUCCGGGCUACCCAUUUGUCCUUCCUUACUGGCUGGUGACUUUGGCAAGAGGUCUGAGGCCUGUCCGGAACUGACCACCCUGCCUUUUUCUGUGGGUUGAGCCCCACACUUGUCUUUUCCACGCGGGUAGGCCCAGGCCUCACGCAGAGGGGGUGCUGAGCCCUGGGAAAGGCUGCUUUGCCCGACAGCUUCCCCAAGCUCUUGCUCUUCCUCCCGGGGGUCAGAGACACCCCCCCCACACUGUCUGUCUUCCAGGUUCCACCCUCCCCACAGACCUAAGCUGCUCCCAGACUCCCAGAACCAAGAGUUCUUGGGUUGGGCUUUUUGUUUGUUUGUUUUUUCUUUAAUAAAAUACCUCUAAAAGACA